GUCAUUGUGUGGGGCUGGCUCGCUGGUUGGCACAGAAGGUGAAGAACAGAUUUUCAGCAUGGCCCCCAAAAUGGCAAGGAAGAAGAAAGAAGGAGGAGGCUCCAACGUAUUUUCCAUGUUUGAUCAAAGCCAGAUCCAGGAGUUUAAAGAGGCAUUCACGAUCAUGGACCAGAAUCGAGAUGGUUUCAUCGACAAGGCAGACCUUAGAGACACCUUUGCUGCGUUAGGCCGCCUGAAUGUCAAGAAUGAAGAGUUAGAGGAGAUGAUUAAGGAAGCUCCAGGGGCCAUUAACUUCACUGUCUUCCUUACAAUGUUUGGUGAGAAGCUGAAAGGCACCGAUCCGGAAGAGAUCAUUCUGAACGCUUUUAGGGUUUUUGACCGGGAAGGAAAAGGUUAUGUAAAAGCAGACUACAUGAAAGAAAUGCUCACAACGCAGGCUGAUCGGUUCACUGAGGAAGAGGUCAAGCAGACUUUUACUGCUUUUCCUCCCGAUCCCUCUGGUAACCUUGACUACAAGAACCUUGUUUAUGUUAUUACACACGGAGAGGAGAAGGACUGAAAGACGUCAAGACAAGCUGUCAAGAGAGCAUUAUUGACCACAGCCUCUCUGGGUUAUCCAGCAGGCUCCGUUUUGAUGUGCCAUGGAGCCGAAUCCUGUAAAAUGAUCCGAAUGAGAUUAAAACCAUUAUACUAAAUGA